AUGGUCGCAGGACGCUUACUCCUGGGCAUUCUUGUUGGUGUCAACGAUUAUAUCUUCAACGUCCAGUGGUCCCACGACCGAGGCAUUCCCUCACAGCAUGUGAACUACACCCUUGUCACCCUGAUGCUUGGAGACGAAAGAGGUGCAGGCGGCCACGAGCCAAUAAUUGAGCUUUUGGACGACAACGGAUUUAGGGUGGGAACUCGGACUUCAAGAGAUCACAACACAAUUUCGAAGAACAACAACCUUGAUGAUCAUAUAAUCAAGAUCCAGCACGACAAACACGACAACCCAAUGGAAACGCCAAAAUAUGUGACCUUGUACCAAUGGAGCGAAGACGCUGUAUGUAUCUCAGCUAUACAAGUUUCAAACGGAAAGCUCUCUGCUGUCCUCUUUGGCGACGUAGCUGCUCGAUGCGGCCAGAGUUGGUUCUUGAGUCGGCGACGACUUGACGCCAAACUACCACAUCCUAAGUGCGUCUGGCUAGAUGCGGACCACACAGACAGUUUCAACGCGCGGUCUAUGAGCUUUCAUCUCCCUGACUUCAUUGGAACUCCCGACAAGGUGAAGAUGUACAGAGAGAACAAAGAUUACAUGUGCAAAAGCACACCACGUUUGGCGUUCUGGAAGAACCUAUGGGAAGGCAGCGAGAUACCGAUUUUCAAGCCUCCUUUGCAAUACACCCCCGAUGCAAUCACUGGCUUGGAAGGCAGAGACAAGGACCCAAAACAAGCCAUCGACAAGGUCAAGUGGGACAUGGAUGCCGACACGGAUCCCGAGCCCAUUGGGAAACGAUCGUCAACAGCCAUCCAACUGGAAGGCAAGAGAAAGAAGCUCGCAAAAAGGUCAGGCGCAAAUGUGGAUACCAGCCGCCUCAUCAUAACCAGAGCGGAGGGCCAUGAGGCUUCACUGGUCUGCAACAGUACUUCAUCGUAUGGGUACGAUGUCGUCUCGCUCCGAGAGAAAGCCUACUGCGAUAUGACUGUCAAGCGACUAUACAGCCUUUGCGACAGCAUAUAUAAAACAAACUGUUUUGAUGUGGAGAGGAAGGUUAUUGUUGGCCACGGUGGAAUCAAUGCUCGGGGAGAGGUCUCUGCCAUUGGUGUCCCAGUCAAGCGCUAUGAGUCGGCAGACCAUUGGGAAGAGUGA